CUGGAUUUCACCAUAGAAAGUAAAAAAAUCAAGUUGAAAAUCAGUUGUGUUCAAAUAUAGAAAUCAACAAUUGGAAGUAAUUUGUAACAUCUUUCAAGGUAAUCUAUCAACUCUUUGUUACAGAAAUAUCUUCUUUUUUUUGCUUUUGGAAUGUGAAAGCCUUCAGAAACGCAGCAAAACUUGUAAAAAUUGCCUACUUAUCUAAUGUUUCCUUGAAACCGAGUAGUUACAAAUAUCCGGUUAAACUUUUUCUUACUAUUCAUUUACUUAUAGUUCCAGUCAUUUAAUCUGACACCAAAUAAAUCACGGUUUCACUGCUAAUGAUGUUUCCUAUCCAGGUCUCCUUAAGAGCAAACACAUUGAACAAUAUAUUUAACAUAAUUCCUAUCAAAUCAUAUAACUUCAUUAUGUAUAUAUAUAUAUAUAGUUUAAAAUGUAAAUCCUCUUUUGUAAAUUUCAAUAAAGCUAUUCAUUAUUCGGUGGUUUAUUAUAACUUCAUCGUGUAAUUUAAUCCUACUGUUUCUUACUUUGUAUUUGCAACUACUGAAUUUUAUGGUACUGUGUUUUAAUACUUUUCGCAUAAUUUUCCAGUAAUCUAAAAUUCAUAACUCCUAGUCUAGUUUAAUUUUCUGUAUUCGACUUUCAGCUGUAUUUCAUGUGGGGGAUUGUAUAUUAACUAGCCACCUAAAUUGGAAUAAAGAAAGAAGUUGAAAUCUGUGAAACACAUACUGAAAGCAGAAUACUUUAGUCACUAGGCCUCUGAUCUUCAUUUUAAGUGUUUACUUUAAAAUGACGAUAAAUUGGAAGCUGAACUGCGUCAAUGAUAAAUAAAUCGAAAUAUGGAACAAGGUUUACGAUUCUGUUGGUAUUUACUUCCGACUUUAUUGGCAUGGAUAGUAAAAUAUGCAAUUCGUCUAAUUUUAUUACCGAUUUUCAUCGUAUUUAUUCUUGGUUAUGUUGUGAGAUAUUUCAAGAAAAAGUCUAAAUUGCGCAUUAAAUUAUUACGUAAAAGACAAUCAAUAACUCAAGGAAUGGAUCAUCUGAAAGAACAUCUUUCAUCCUCGAAAAGCUCAUCAAAUAUUGAUUUACUAUCAGUUACAGAUCUGAAUUUAGAUACUAUCCAAGAACGUUUAGUUGAAGGCAAAUUUACAUCAGUUGACUUAUUACAUGCCUAUCAAAUUAAAGCUUUACAAUUAUAUGACUCAGGAAAUUCAGGAAUAUGUGAAUUUCUUGAUGAAGCGGAGCAGUUGGCUGUUGACGUUGCUAAAUGUAAUCGCUUACCUAAAAGUAAACAAACGUUGGUUGGUAUUCCUAUCAGUUUAAAAGAAUUAUGUUCGACCAAGGGAUAUGAUGUAACAUUUGGUUUGAUAGAACGAUGUAAUAAACCUUCACAUGAAGAUUGUUGCAUAUUGGAAGUACUUAGACAUGAAGGAGCAAUACCUUUUGUUCUGACAGCAACUUCUCAAACAGCUCUAUCUCUGAGUGGAAUAAAUCCAGUAUUUGGUGAUAUGUCUAAUCCUCAUUCAUCAGAACAUGAAACAGGCGGGAGUUCUAGCGGUGAAGGUGUGCUUCUAAGUUUACGGGGAUCUCCAGUUGGAAUCGGAACAGAUUUGGCUGGAAGUAUACGAAUUCCUUCCGUGUUCUGCGGUCUUGUUGGCUUAAAACCAACAACUAACCGUAUUAGUAGUAAAGGUGUGGGUGUGAUCGGUCAUAAAAAGUCAGUAUUAUUGAGAGUAAGUGUUGGACCAAUGGGUAGACGAGUGGAUGAUCUAGCUAAAUUAAUGCGUACACUUUUAACAACGAAAAUGUUUCAAAUGGAUCCAUAUGUGCCACCAUUACUGUUUAAUGAUAUGAUCUACGCGGGUACAGAUAAGCCGAAAUUGACAAUCGGAUAUUAUGCGACUCUAGAGGAUCCACUAAUUAUUACUAGCGUUCCAAGUGUUCGCAGAAUAGUGAAUGAAUCAGUGGACAUUCUAAGACAACGCGGUCAUAUAUUGUUACCGUUUCAUCCACCUGACAUAAAAUGGGCUUAUGAAUUAAGUAUGAAGGCGAUUUCUGUUGACACAAAAUAUAAUCUUCAAGAGGCUUUGUUUGCAGAACCACUAAAUGAACACACCAAAUUUCUCCACCUUUUAAUUAGCCUCCCACACUGGCUGAAAGUUAUGAUAGAUAAAUUAUUGAAUAUUAUCUUUGGUAGACCAGCUGCGGUUACAAGUUUCUUGGACGGUCCUAGGGGCGAAGCAAAAACAUUAAAUUUAAUCUCAGAUAUUGAGUUGUAUAGACAUGAAUUUCAAAGAGCUAUGGAAGAAGCUUGUAAUUUGGAUGCAAUCAUUUGUCCAGUUUUCCCCUUCCCAGCAUUUCCAAAGUCGGCUAAAUCGAUGUUUGUUACGCCAGCUAUUGCUUAUACAGUAUUGUUUAACUUGUUAGAUUAUCCAGCUGGAACAGUCCCAAUGGGAUAUGUGAGUAAGGAAGAUGUACAAAACUCAAAAGUGAUGGCUGAAGAAUACAAGAAAGUUGGCAAUCGAUUUCUUUCUGAGGUAUUCAAGUACCAGGAAACAAGUGAAGGCUUACCGGUUGGUGUACAAAUUAUUGGUAAACCAUGGCAAGAAGAGCGUGUGCUAUACGUUAUGAAAGAACUGGAGACAUCAAGAACACAGAAUAAUUAAAACCGUUAUUCUAAACCUUAUUUCUUCAGUUGACUUAGCUUGACCAUAUAUUAUCGCGUUGCUGUAAAAUAUUCAUUACCGUUUAAUCUACACAGAAGUAUAAUAUUUUAAUAUGAAAAAAACUGAAUUCGGCUUUCGAAUUUUGAAAUCUACCUACUUCUUUCAUCGAAAUAUAAAAAUUUCUAGAUAUUGUUUCAUUUUUGUUCAUGCAGUAUUUUAAACAGAUUCGUUGGAACAGUAGCAAAUAUUAGUUGAAAUCGAAAUGUGAAUUCAUUAUUAACUAAAAAGUAGCAAUUCAUGUGCAAUUUUCAUUUUUUUUAAGUACUAGUUAGUUACAGUAAUUGUUAAGCACAGAAUCAUACUCAGUAUUCUUUAUUACACUAAUGUGAUUUGAACUAGGAAUCCUAUAACUUUAAUCUUAUCUCCUUCAAUAUAUUCUUGUUUAUCAUAAUACUUGUGUCACAUCUUGCUUUCAAUUGUUCAAAUCAUUCCUAGAAGCCCUCAUUUCAACUGCAUCUUUUUGGUUAGUGAGUGUUUCAAUUAUUGUGUUAUGUGGAAGUGCUAUAUAUGUAUAAUAUCCAAUCCACUGAUGGUGAUCUACCUCGGUGACAAAAAUAUAGGCCUGAUUUUCGAUAAAAA